AUGGAGUUCAAAGGAAUACUAAUACUACUUAUCGUUAGCGGGACAUUAUCAAUUCUAAUCUUAGGGGCAUCUUAUCUAUUAGGAUAUAAACAACCCGAUAUGGAAAAAGUGUCAGUCUAUGAAUGUGGGUUUGAUCCUUUUGAUAACCCGGGAAAUCCCUUUUCCGUUAGAUUCUUCUUAAUUGGUAUCUUGUUUUUAAUAUUUGAUCUUGAAAUAUCUUUUUUAUUUCCCUGGGCUGUCACAUAUAUGGGCCUACCUUUAUUUGGAUAUUGGGUUAUUAUGUUAUUUUUAUUUAUCUUAACUUUAGGGUUAAUUUAUGAGUGGAUAGAAGGGGGCUUAGAGUGGGAAAACUAG